UUGUGACACCCCCGCUGAUCGGCCCUGGAGGCGGGGGCCCUUUGAAGCUUCUCGGGUGUCAGGCGUCCCGUCCGGGAGGGAGCCGAAUUCCUGCAGGGGCUCGGGUGGCAGGGGGUCGAUCUGCUGACGUAGAGAGAGCGCCGUGUGGCGUUGGGGACAGCGGGGCUGGCUCAGCUCUUAAAGCUUCGCCUCUGGGCUCAGUCACUCUGAACGAAGGACAGCGGGAGCAGCCGGGCGCACUGGCCUCGCUCUAUCAACACUCACCCGUCCUUUUCUGCUUUUACAAUUUCAACCAGGACAAUUUCUCCAUGAGAAAUAAAGCAUCGGAUUCUUUUCGUUUAUUUAAUUUUUCUUCAACCGCUUCAAUUUCUUCACUUUGUGAAUUUGGACUUUUUUUUGUUUUUGUUGCACAGUUUGCGGUAUAUUUCACGCUAUUUUCGUCAUUGUUGGUGGAUUGGUGUCCCCUUGCUGGGAGAUGAGCCGUGCAGGGGAAUAAAUCUGGCUGCCAUUUUUUAUUUUGAACAAGAAGAAGAAGAAGAAGAAAGGACUCAUGUUGAGUUUCCUUCACCCAGCAACCAAAUUUUGUCCAGGAUUUUACCGAGCAUUUUGCUGACUUCGAACGUCCCGUUGAGUAUCUGAGCGCUCCAGUUCUCCUGCCCCCGGUGGGAUGAGCUCCUCGCUGGUCAGCAAGCUCGCCAAGGUCUACGACUCGAAGAUGCUGCAGCAGAAGCACGCUCCCGCCAAGCAGCCCGCCGACCCCGGGAAGCCGCCGGCCGCCACCGCCGCCGCCCGCGACGGCUCCAGCGCCAUGGAGACGGGGAUGGAGUCCCUGAGCGAGAAGAUGGACCGGCUGAUGAGCGUCCAGGAGACGGUCCUGGGCCGGCUGCAGGACAUGUCCCAGGACGUGGAGGCCCUCAGGGGGGGCCGGGACGGGGACGGCGGCGGCGACGUGACCGGGUUGUGCCGGGAGAUGAGCGCCAUCAUGUCCGCGGUGAACCAGCGGUCCGAGCAGCAGAGCAGCAAGCUGGAGGGCGUGGAGAGGCUGGUGGUGGGCAUCCAGCAGGUCAUCGGCUUCAUCGGGGAGACGGUCAAGGGCUCCCGGCUCAUGGAGCUGGUCUUCAACAGGCCGCCCGCCGCCCGCAAGGCGGAGAAACCCGCCAAACCCGCGGCCAAGGAGAAACCCCCCAAACCUGCUGCCAAGGAGAAACCCCCCAAACUCACGGCCAAGGAGAAACCCACCAAACUCUCUGCCAAGGAGAAACCGGCCAAACUUGCUGCCAAGGAGAAACCCACCAAACUCACGGCCAAGGAGAAACCUGCCAAACCUGCUGCCAAAGAGAAACCUGCCAAACUCACGGCUAAGGAGAAACCUGCCAAACUCACGGCCAAAGAGAAACCUGCCAAACCUGCUGCCAAAGAGAAACCUGCCAAACUCGCUGCUAAGGAGAAACCCUCCAAACCAGCUGCCAAGGAGAUAUCAAGCAUUAUGGACAAACCUGUCGAACCCAUUUCGCAGGAGAAACCCACCAUGUUCGACGACAAGGGCAGAAAAGCGCACAAGAGGAAGUCACUCAUCGACAUGCUCAGAGAGCAGAAGGGGAAGGACGUGAAGGAGAAGGCUCGCUCGGCCUUCAAGGGACUCAAGUCCCAGAAGAAGAAGAAGCCGCCAGAUGCAGACACCGUCUCCCUGAGGAAGCAGGCCUUGCUGCUGGAGGAAGUGCAGAAGCUCAACCAGCAGAAUGCGGAGCGCUCGGGCCGCCGGGACACCCCCGAGCCACAGGGGGGCGCCGUUGCCACAGCGGGAGAGCGGGCGGAGGUCGCCGCUCCGCCGACCGGCUGGCCUUCAUCCUGGGCACGCCGCGCGCACCCGUGGCCGAGCCGGAGGACAGCGAGGAGGAGGAGGAGGAGGAGGCCGGAGGCCCAGGAGGCGCAGGUCUUCAGUGAGGAGCAGACGGAAGAUGGAGAUCAGCUGAAGGACGAUGAAGUCCCUGGGGCAGAGGAGGCAGAAGAGGAGGAGGAGGAGGAGGGGCAGAAGGAGGCAGAGGAGAUCCCCACAGAUUCAGAGGUGACUGAGACAGAGGAAGUCCCCCCAGCCCCUGAGGACAUGUCGAGUGGAAUCAGCCCCAGUGUCCACGAGAGUUUCGUUUCCUCCAGCUGUGAGGACCCGGAGGUGGGCGUGGCCAGCAGCAAGCGGAGAGUGACCCAGGAGGACCUGCUGAAGGACGACUUGAAGAAGAGCCGGGUGGAGGAAGGUGAGGCCGAGGAAGAGGAGGGUGAGAGCGCCGCCCAGCCCGAGGGCGGAGAGGAGGAGCCUGUGCCGGAGAAGAAGCAGGAGGAGGAGGAGGAGGCGGAGGAGGUCAGCGAGCCGCCAGCCGAAGAGUAUGUCAUUGACUGCAGUCCUCCUCCUCUAGCCCCCUUUGAGCACCGGAUAGUCGCGGCCAAACCGCACACCAUCUCAAAUUUCUACACCAUCAACCGCGAGGAGAUCCUGGGGGGAGGUCGUUUCGGCCAAGUUCAUAAAUGUGUUGAAAAUUCAUCGGGGCUUACCCUAGCUGCCAAGAUCAUCAAGGCCCGGAGUCAGAAGGAGAAGGAGGUGGUGAGGAACGAGAUCCAGGUCAUGAACCAGCUGGACCAUGCCAACCUGAUCCAGCUGUACGCUGCCUACGAGUCCCGACACGACAUCAUCCUGGUCAUGGAGUAUGUGGACGGAGGCGAGCUCUUCGACAGGAUCAUCGACGAGAACUACAACCUCACCGAGCUGGACACCGUGCUCUUCAUCCGACAGAUCACCGAGGGGCUGCAGUACAUGCACCAGAUGUACAUCCUGCACCUGGACCUGAAGCCGGAGAACAUCUUGUGCGUGAGCAGGUCGACGAACAAGAUCAAGAUCAUCGACUUCGGCCUGGCCCGGAGGUACAAGCCCAGGGAGAAGCUGAGGGUGAACUUCGGCACGCCCGAGUUCUUGGCUCCGGAGGUCAUCAACUACGAAUUUGUCUCAUUCCCCACAGACAUGUGGAGCCUGGGAGUCAUUACCUACAUGCUGCUCAGCGGCCUGUCGCCCUUCCUCGGCGAGGAUGACAACGAGACGCUGAACAGCAUCCUGGCCUGCCAGUGGAGCUUCGAGGAGGAGGAGUUCGCCGACAUCUCCGAGGAGGCGAAGGACUUCAUCACCAGGCUCCUGGUCAAGAGCAAGAGUUGGAGGAUGAGCGCCACAGAGUCACUGAAACACCCCUGGCUGUCCGACCGCAGGCUUCACUACCGGCUUCAGCAGAAGGGAAACAAGUGCCAUUCUACACACGCCCCCCCUCCUGAGAGCUAGGCAGAAGGGGGAGCCAAACUCAACAGCUCUUUCAGAGGGCGUCUGAACGAAGGUGCUUUGUGAUGACACAGGCUGUGGCCAAACCGGACCAAUGCUGCUGUCCCUGCAUAAUCACUGGGCUCAUUGCUCUUUCUGUGUGUGUGUGUGUGUGUGUGUGUGUGCUUGAGUCAGUGCAUGUCCAAGGGAGGGAAUAUCAAUCAGCAAAAACAUGAAAUGUUUCCACCUUUAUCCAACAUAGUGUACAACCCCUGUUUCACCUGUCACUCUCACCACACACAAUGCAUAAAUUUACUACAUCUUAAAUAAUCAUAUACUACAUUUUGGCACAUCAGACAGAAACAUAUGAAAGCAUUUUUAAAGCUAGUUUGAAUUUGAGGAGAUCCUAUCAUGCUAACUGAGUGAAUAGUGUUAUCAGUAUCAUUAACCUUUAGCUUUGGUGUGCAUUUUGUUAUUGGGGUGUGCUCUGUAGGAAAACCGUUAGGUUUUUACAUUUGAUAUUUCACUCGCUCUCACUGGCCUAAGUAGACCGUCUGAGCCGUUAUAUCCGUUAUUGUUUAUUCCGCGUGCCAGUCACAGGGUCACCGCUUUGAUUUACGAUGACCUAGAGCGCCCUCUGGAGGCGCUUAGGUGAAGGUUCAGUGGAUUUAGUAUAGCCUUGGAUACAGUGUACUGUCAAAAAAAACCCCAACAACCAGCAUCCAGUGUUGGUAAGUAGGGUGUCCGCACAAUUCUGUAGUAUUUCUGAUUCAUGCUUGUAGUUUAUCUGCUCUUCAUGGCUGUUCUCAAGUCACUCCUCUUUUGUGCCCUUAGAUUUAAGCAUUCAUUUAUUUUCUGCUGAUUAAAAAAAAAACAAAAAAAAACUUGAGAACAUUAAAUUAACAGAAUUUAAAAAAGAUUUAUUCUACAUCAUUAUCUUUGAAAAGAAAGUUAUCACAGAUAAUUUAUUUUUAUGAGCUCUCAAGAGAUACUCCUGAAACUACUAUAUUCUCGUGUUAUUUUUGUUUUGUGAAGUGAUUGGGUGUAAUCAGAUAUAAUAAGCUUCAAUGCGCACUUUAUCAUGUCUGAAGGAUCACAAUGCUAUGAGAAUAGCACUCUUUGCGAAAAACAGCCACCAUUUGAUUUUUUAAAUGAUAUAUAUUAUAGGCCUGAAAUCCAUUUCAGCCUGUCAAUAUAUGAAUAGUUUUGUAUUUGUUUCUACUUAAUAUUAUUACAUUUUAAGUCUUACAAAAAACAUUUUCUUCUGUUUUAAUUAAUUUUGUGAUGGUAAUACAAAAUUGAAUUGAAAUUAUAUGAAUUUCUAUAAACUAUCCAUAAUUUGACUGAAAUUUAAACAGCCUUAGUUUAUCUUGUCUUAUUUCUUGCUCAUUGAAAAUGCCAGAUGAA